CACUCCACAAACAAACAAACAAACAACCCACAACCAUGUGCCGCCAUAUCGUCUUCUCGGGCACGUGUCCCCACUGCACCGAGCACUUUGUCUGGGAAGACCUUUCCCAAGAGCUCUCGUGCCUCGAAGCCAAGAACACGGGCGUCUUCGGCCAAUGCGCCUUUGGCGUGCAAAUCGAGGAGCACGAAUUCGACCAAGAAUGCGAGCCCUGCGCCGCCGAGAACGAGCGGGAUGAAGGGUACGGCGCUGUGGCGGGAAAGAACCACGCUGACGAUGAUGGACGACAACAACAAGAACAACAAGAAGAUGGCGGCGGCGGCAGCGGCAAGAGCAAGACAAAGAAGCAGAGGGUUGUGUGAGUGAGCGCAGUGCAGUGCAGUGCCUGAGUAGAGCGGGGAAAAUGAUAUUGGAUGAGAUCAUGAAGGGGCCCCGCUCUCGGACACUCCUCUCUCUCUCUCUCUCUCUCUCU